GUUGUUAUCGAGUAUUGAAAUAGCAGCCGGUUCCGCACGGUGCGGGUUGGAAUGUAUGAUGUAUCGUGUCGUAAGUCGUAACAUAAAUGAAUCAUGAUGCAUGGAAGACCACCUCUAGAACUAUAAAUAGCGAGCCAAACAUUGGAAAAAAUAUGUGAAAGGUUAAGUGCGAUCGAGUUAGAUAGAGAUCAUGGAAAAAGUUGGGGUAAGGCUGGUGGUAUUGCUGUGUUUCAUUGUGACGGCGGCGAUGGCCCAAAACUGCGGGCGACAAGCUGGUGGGCAGACAUGUGGCAACAACCUAUGCUGCAGCCAAUACGGUUGGUGUGGGAACAGCGAAGAUCAUUGUUCUCCCUCUAAGAACUGCCAAAGCACAUGCUGGGGCAGUGGCGGUGGCGGAGGAGGCGGUGAAAGUGCGUCUAAUGUUCGCGCCACGUAUCAUAACUAUUUACCAGAGCAACACGGGUGGGACUUGAACGCCGUGAGUGCUUAUUGCUCAACUUGGGACGCUGCCAAACCUUACUCUUGGCGCAGCAAAUAUGGCUGGACUGCUUUCUGUGGCCCCGUUGGACCUCGCGGCCGUGAUGCUUGUGGAAAAUGCCUCCGGGUGACGAAUACAGGGACGGGAGCGAACAUAAUUGUGAGAAUUGUUGAUCAGUGCAGCAACGGAGGGUUAGAUUUGGACGUGGGAGUGUUCAAUCGGAUAGACACAGAUGGAAGAGGAUAUCAACAGGGGCAUCUCAUUGUUAACUAUCAGUUUGUCAACUGUGGGGAUUAAUUAGUUGCAACAAUAUGCAACUUACUAAACCUAAUUUACUCCACAUAUCCUCGAUGCUAGCUCCUUAAUUAAUAAACAUCGAUCGUGGUCUUUACCUAAGUAAUCAUCAAUAAGUGGGGUUCGGGAUUUUGUAUAUCUUAUCCUUAUUAAUGACAUUAAAAUCCAACUACUUUGUUUAUUUCUUA